AUGGAGGGUGACAUCAUUGCGCCGGACGAGGCAGUCGACGGCGAUGGCGGCAGCGCGGUGCCCUCAGACCCCUACUCGGCUCUGAAGCAGAACUACGACGCCGUGCUGCAGUUCACAACCACGGUUCAGAACGUGCUGGAUGGCUGGGCGGCCUCUAUAGAGCGCUUGCAGGCCCUGGUCACCUGGCAAGACCCCACUGCCAGCACAGUACUGCUGGCCAGCAUGCUGGGCCUCGCCCUCGCGCUCGCGUUGCUGGGCUUGCGGCCGCUGGCUACCCUGGGGCUGCUUUGGGUGUUUCGGCCUCCGGCACUGCGGGACCCCUGCCCGCCCCCGCCGGUGAACCUGUUGGGGCGCCUGCCAAACAGAUCAGACAUGACGCUGUGA